AUGACAAAAAUAGUUAAGAAAAAAAAAAAAAAGGGGAUAUUUUUUAAAUCUUUUUUUUUUAAAUUAAAACGUGGAAAGGGGGGGGGUGGUUUUUUUUUUGUGUGUUGGAGGUUUUAUACAACAAAUAGGGUUUUUUUUUUUUUACUUGUUUGGUUGAAGAGUGAUUUUGAUGAUAACGAUGAUUGA